CCGAGCGCCGCGCACGUGACGAGCUUUCUUUGCGAUGACCUCAUCCCUGGUGUGGGAUGACGUCAAAUUCAAGAUGGAUGGAAUCACGACCAGUACGCAGAAAUCCACACAACACUGAUUAAAGUGUUUGGAUGAAAGAACACAAUCACGAGUGUUGGCAAUGGAGAGCCUUGUGCACUACAGCAAUCCUGCUCAUACCCUCUCAGUGCUGGGACUUCUUAAUGAGCAACGUCUGCAGGGCCAAAUGUGUGACGUGGUCCUGGUUGUGGCGGAUCAGAGGUACCACGCUCAUAAAAGUGUUCUGGCUGCCAGCAGUGAAUAUUUCCAGUCCCUCUUUACCAGGAUAGAUGACACAUCCAUGAAUGUUGUCAACCUGGACUUCUGUGAGCCAGACGCCUUUGAGAUAGUGCUCAAUUAUAUUUACUCCUCCUCUCUUUUUGUGGACAAAGGUAGUCUUUCAGCAAUUCAAGAGCUGGGCUACAGUCUGGGAAUUCCUUUCCUCACCAACAUUGUGUCCACAAAGCCGCAUGCGUCCUAUUGUGUCUCGAGAAAAAGACUUUCCUUUACAGAAGGGGACGAGAAUGACUUCCAGACAAGGAGUGUCAUCGUGUGUCGUCUCCGCAAUGACACAUCUGCAUUCUCCUGUACGAAUCAUCCGACAAAAACACCGGAGAGGUUGUCUCUUCUUACCGGCAAGUUGGCUCAUUCUCCAUCAGGUCAUAACUCCUGUGAGUCAGACGGGAACUCUGCACCAAUCACAAGUAAAUCACCUGAGCGGUGUAAGACUUCUGAAAGGAAGUCCACCUAUCCGUACACUUCAAUACUAAAAGGGAAUCCAUCAUACAUCUCUUCUAUUAGGCCCCAACUGAAAACAUCUGCAUCCUUGAGUGAGGCUGAAGUGCACCAUAUUAGACUGCCGUCUUCCUCUGACCUGGACAUAAAAGAGGACCCUGGGGAACUGGAGCCUCACGAUAACACCAAAGUGUCCCUGCAGGGUCAUGCCUCUGAGCUGAUCCAGACAAUUGACCGGAGUGGGCCACUAAUAAAAAGCCUACUUCGAAGAUCAUUAUCUAUGGACAGCCCUGUUCCGGUCUACUCACCCGCUCUGGAGCUCAAGGCGCUACAAAAUCAUGAACAGUCAGGUGUUACGAUGUCAUCAGAGUCUGAAAGUUCCGCCAACAAUGGAAACGCAAGAACAUCUCCUCUUGUGCUCAGGUCAAAGUACCGCAGCACACGCAAUGAACAAACUCAGGUAGAAAGAGAGCAGGAUGUGAAAUUGGAGCCCAGCAGUCCACUCGCAGACCCCCUUGAUAUCAUCCGAAUCACAGUCGGAGAAGCUCUGCCAGUCAAUCUUAAAGACUUACAGACAAAUUACAAUGACUGUACUAAGGCAAGCCUCGCUCCUUUCGGUAAACGAAAGGAAAGAUCAGACAAUAGGCGGUACCCGUUUAAGAAGAGCAAGAUAUUUAAGCUGCAUGCCGUCUCUUCUGAUGAGAAGACGUCAGAGACGGUAUCUCACAGCACCAGUGACGAUAACGAGAACAACGAGGAGUUGCUUUCAAACAAGAUUUUUACAUGCUGGAACUGUUUUAAGGUUUUCAGGUCUAGCGCUGGACUACAUCGUCAUUUUAACAUGUACCACAACACCGAAAAGCAGUACGCUUGUGAAAUUUGCCACAAGCGCUUUCAUACCAACUUCAAAGUGUGGACGCACUGUCAAACUCAGCACGGUGUCCUGCAAAACCCAGCGUCGUCUUCCAGUUCCCCAGUGAUAGAUGAUCGAUUUCAAAAGAAACUGAUAGACAUUGUGCGAGACCGAGAGAUAAAGAAAGCCUUACUCUGGAAACUUAAAAGAAAUAAACAACAAUCUCCCACUCUAGCCAAACAGCGAUCAAGGUCCAGCUUCAUAUGUCCUUAUUGUAGGAAAGUCUUUGUGUUUCAGUCUCAGUACAGGCAGCAUUUAAAGAUACAUCCUGCAGAGAAAGGUGACAAGUACACAGCACGGGAGCACAUCCUUUACCGGGAACCGGAUGGGGUCAUUCAGCAGAAGGAUUCCGAUAGCGCUGUUUUCGCCUGUAGACUUUGUAAUAUGAAGCUGUCUUCAAUGUUGGAGAAGGAUGAACACGAGAAAGGCUGUCGGCAUUCCACUGUAUGCCCAUACUGUGGCCUCAGAUUUUCAAGUCCAUUAGUCAAGAAAGACCAUGUGACACACUGCAAGUACAAGAAACUGACAUGCCUGGAAUGCAUGCGAACCUUCAAGUCCUCCUUCAGUAUUUGGCGCCACCAGAUGGAGGUGCACAACAACAACAUGAUAAAUAUUAAGGAGCAGAUGAAUCUAAAGGAGCAAGAGCACAAUGAAGGAAUGCUUCAAGAGGAGCAGUAUACUAGUGAACAUCUUACAAGAGAGAGCAAUAGCUACAAUGACUCCUCAGGUACAACUAUGUAUGAUACAGAGGAUUCCUCAUCCUAUGUGCCUCAGGACCUGAGCAUGGGUCAUCAUGGAGAGCUAGUGGUUAAGGAAGAGCCGCUAGAGGAGUCUGUGAGUGAGCGGGAAGAAAGCGAGACAAGCCACACUGGACCAGAAGAACCUGGCGUAUGGCCGUGUGAGAAAUGUGGCAAUCUCUUCAGCUCUCGCAAAGACCUGGAGCGCCAUCAGGAGCUGCUGUGCCACAUCAAGCCCUUCAUUUGCCACAUAUGCAACAAAGCCUUCAGGACCAACUUCCGCCUAUGGAGCCACUUUCAGUCCCACGUGUGGAGUGGAGGCGAACCCCUACGAGCCAAAGAAAUAGAUAGGCCCCCUCUGCCUCCGUCCCCUUCCCUGCCAAUGGCCUCUCAAAACUCCGAACAACCCCUCCCACAGUCCCCCGUGCUCACCCAAGCGAUGCCAGACGCGGCGGUUGAUGAGUCCAGCAGCCCUGAGCCUUCCAUGCCGUUGGUCGAUAACACCCAGAAAAAUCAAUCUGACCUACAACUCAGCAGCCACAGCCCCUUGUCAAGAUCUACCAGCAUGGAACAUCCAGGUGGCGCUCAGGAUGCAGACACUCUCUAUUAUCACGCACCGUCCCUCUCUGCCUUGACAUUCAAGAGGCAGCACGUGUGUAAACUCUGUCACAGAACCUUUAAGACCGCUUUCAGUCUCUGGAGCCAUGAGCAGAGUCAUGGUCAUGUGUGAACAUCCAGCUGGUUCUAGCAGGUCAUUUAGUGAUCAUACGGACAGUAUAUCAUCAAAACAGCAAGACUUUGAAUGUAUAGCUGACUCGCCUGCCUCCAAUGUCCUAUUUGAACCCUGGGUAAAAUCAUGCUUAAGAAGUAUUCGGGACACACUGAAAAUAAUAUUUAGUCACAUGAAAGAAUAAUAAUGUUUGAGUAUGAAGUCAAAAAGUUACAGGAAAUUAUUUGCAAUAUUGCAACCUUAUUCUUGUAAAGUUAAACAUCAAAUAUUUCUGCUCUAUUUAGUGUCAUAUUUUUACUUAACAGUGCAGCACCAAUCAUUUUGUAUAAACAUGAAUGUGCAAAUAAGUGCUAGAUUAUUUUUCUGUGUUUGGUAAUGGGUUCUUUUCAGGUACCGAAUGAUCAGUAUAAUUGUUUUCUUAGUGGCCUAAUAGUGUUUGCAUUUGUAAGUGUUAGCAAACGACAUGACAGCUGUACCAUAUGUGACUUCUUUGAGCGAAGAAAGAAGUAUUAUAUACUUUUCUCCUAGUAAGUGCUUUAUUUUUGUUAGGCUGCAGUUCAACUUUAGGCUAAAGCUUUUGCUGUGUUAUUGUAUCACAUAUCUUAAUUGGCGCAAGUGACUUUUCAGAUAGUUCAUACAACAUGCACUUUGUUUUUUUGCUUUUGUAUAAAUUGUGAGAUGUAGUCCAAACAUUUGGAUUGUGCAGUGGCAAGUUUAGAGCUGAUACAUAUGCAUACUUUCUAUUUUUUGUAUGACUUUUUUUUCAGUUGGUUGUGACUUUAAAGAGUCAAUGUUGAUUUUGUUUGGAUUGUAGUCACACUAGUUUCACAGUUCAGUAAUCGUGUGUAUACAGUGGGGGUUCAGUACUUGUUUGAUUCCCUGCCCAUUUUGUAAAUUGACCCGCUUACAAAAACUUGAACAGUCAAUCAUUUUAUUUAAUUAACAAAGGGACACACAGAAUAUCAACUAUCCAUAAAAACAUGAAGUAAAUGAUGUCAAUUAAUUUGUACUGACAAGGGUUCCAAGCGUUUAUAUAUAUAUAUAUAUAUAUAUAUAUAUAUAUAUAUAUAU